AUGGAUCACGGCGGCCACAUGGGCCACGACAUGCCUGGCAUGGGCGGCGACGGGCCCAAGUGCAACAUGAACAUGUUGUUUACGUGGGACACGACCGACCUCUGCAUUGUCUUCCCCUCGUGGCAUAUCUCGGGCACCGGCUCACUCAUCUUUUCGCUACUCGCCGUAGUCCUGCUCACAGCUGGGUACGAAGCUAUCCGAGAAAUAUCAAGGCGCUAUGAGGCGUACUCAAAGGGUAUCAUGGAGGGACCCAGAGGGAGAAACGGAGGCGUUGGGCGUAGUGCCGAGCAGCAGAUGAAGAUGAUCAAGGCUGUCUUGUAUGCUGUGCAGGUUUUCUAUUCGUUCUUCAUCAUGCUGCUUUUCAUGACGUACAACGGUUGGAUUAUGCUUGCUGUCGCAGUGGGUGCAUUCGUCGGAUACCUGAUGUUCAGCCAGUCUUCGUCCACCAAGUCGGUCGCCUGUCACUAA